AUGUCGAUGGAUCUUGAUGCCCCAGUUUCUCUUCCCUCUCUUCACAGACCACAAGCGGCAACAAUCCUUUGUUGCAACUGUGGUGCGCCCAUAGAUGGCACAGUCUCAGCCGGGGCUUUAUGCUACGACUGUAUCAAACUUACCAUCGAUGUAUCCGAGGGGAUCCAGCGUGAGGGCGUAUUACACACAUGUCGAGACUGCGAACGAUGGUUAAGUCCGCCCUCGCAAUGGGUAACCGCCGCUCCAGAAAGCCGGGAACUCCUGGCGUUGUGCCUGCGGAAACUGCGAGGACUCAACAAGGUCCGGAUCAUUGAUGCCAGUUUUCUUUGGACAGAACCUCAUUCGCGGCGAAUCAAAGUCAAAAUCACGGUCCAGCAGGAAGCCUACGAGGGCACCAUCUUGCAACAGACUUUCGAAGUUGAGUACGUCGUCGCUAACCAACAAUGCCCCGAAUGUGCCAAAUCAUUCACGCCCAACACGUGGCGUGCUUCAGUGCAAGUCCGCCAGAAAGUCCCUCAUAAACGGACCUUUCUGUACCUCGAGCAACUGGUGCUCAAACAUCAAGCACACAAAGACACCAUCAACAUCAAGGAAGUCAAGGACGGAUUGGACUUCUAUUUUGCUCAACGUAACCACGCCGAAAAAUUCGUCGACUUCCUGACCUCAUCCACGCCCGUCAGAGUCAAGAAGUCUCAAGAACUGAUUUCUAUGGAUGUGCAUACUUCCACCAAGUCAUACAAGUUUACCUAUUCCUGCGAACUUCUCCCGAUCUGCAAGGACGAUCUAGUUGCGCUGCCUAUUAAACUCGCCAAAUCCAUCGGCAAUAUUACUCCGUUGGCGGUCUGCUAUCGAGUGGGUACAUCUGUCAACCUCCUUGACCCCACCACCCUGCAGACGGCAGAUCUAUCGUCGAACAUUUACUGGAGGGCACCGUUCAAGAGCUUGGCAGAUGUGCAGGAGCUGGUGGAGUUUGUUGUGCUCGACAUCGAACCCCUUGGAACCCAGAAUGGGCGAUUCUUUGGGGCCGAGGCCACGGUUGCGCGGGCUUCAGAUCUUGGAGUUAACGACAAGACCUAUUAUGUCAGGACGCAUCUAGGCGGGAUUUUGCAUGCUGGAGAUUCGGUACUAGGGUAUCAUCUGGAUCGGACGAACUUCAACAAUACCCAGUUUGAGGAGUUGGAACAAAGCAGCCAGUUUUCGUCAACAAUCCCUGAUGUCGUCCUAGUUAAGAAAUUCUAUGCACGGAAGAAGAAGUCGAAGAACCGGAACUGGAGACUUAAACGCUUGGAGAAAGACGAGGGUGAACUGCUCCCGAAGAAGCAAGAUCAAGAGCGUAUGGAUGCAGACUAUGAGAUGUUCUUGCGCGAUGUUGAGGAGGAUGAGGAACUCAGACAGACGUUGGCAUUGUACAAGGCUCAGCAACAGAAGAAGGACGCCGAUGAGAUGAGCAUGGCCACUGGAGAAAGCAGCGAAGAUGAGGUGCCCCAGAUCAACAUGGAUGAGCUGCUGGAUGACUUCGAGGACUUGAACGUCAAUGACUAUGCAUGA